AUUCACAUACAGGCGGAUUGAAACUAAACAGUGGACAAAUUGAAAGACUGGCAUUCAAGGGACGUAGCACAAGUGGAAUACGUUUUUCUUUUAAGGCAAUUCAAGCAAUUUGAGUUAACUUAUCGAAAGUACAAUUACAAAAGCCAAGAUGUCUAUGACAGCCAUCGAACACGUAGUUACCUCUUUAUUGUUUCACGUGAUUUGCAGCAGCGGAGGAAAAGGGAAAGAGAGGCUACAAAACUCUGUUCAACGUUUUUCAUGCGCUGUCUUGUUUUUAAUUAAGAAGAUACAGUUUGGACGAUGUUUGGCGGACUUGUAACUAAAAGGUCAUUGCAGAAUGAGGUAACUGGCAUAGACCUUCAGGUCCCUCUUUACAAUGAGGUCCGGGGAACCAUGAUGACAGGCCAUGUUGAAUACCAGAUCAUUGUGGUGACACGGUUGGCUGCCUUCAAGUCUCCAAAACAUAAACAAGAAGAUACUAUACAGCUCCUGGUUUCAAAGAAGUACAGUGAAUUCAAUGAAUUUUACAACCGACUUUAUGCCCAAUAUUCAAGUAUAUCCUUGCCUGCAAUGCCUCGGAAAGUUCUAUUUGUCAGUGAGGCAGACAUCCGUGAACGCAGGUUGGCCUUUGAUGCGCUAGUCAAGUUCAUCUCCAAGAACUCAACACUUGCUGCAUGUCCAGAGCUACUGGAGUUCUUAGGUGCCAAAAUGAAUGGAAGUGAUUUUAGUAACAGGAAUUUUGCUAUUGAGGAAGACUCAGAAAACAACGAGGUCAGUUUCUUUCAAAAAGAAGAAACCUCCACUGGUAUUCCAAGAGAAGAUAGAAGUGAGAUGAAGCUUAUUAAUGGGGAUGAACAAGACUCCACAGAGCAGGGGAAUGUCAAGCACCGUAGCCGGAAGAACGUGCUUCCAGAAGGAAACAGCAGUGAUGUGAAGCUGCUUGAGGAGCCAGAGCUGGGGGCUUCUCUGCUGCCCCCACUAGGGGCUUCUCUGCUACCCCCAGCAGGGGCAUCUGCUGGUUGUGGUGCGGAGGAUGAUGCAAAUGAACUAUUCAGGAUAGAGGAUGACUUUGACAAACUUCUCCAAAUCAAGAAAUGUAUCAAAAAUGAGCUAACCUCAGUACCAAAGACAAAUCCAAAACCAGCACUGCUUAAGAAGCCAGAAACGUGUAUCUCUAGUGGAGGUCAAUCUCUGAUUGUAGAUCAGUUAAAGGAUCAAAUGGACGUUUUAAAAUACAUCCAAGAGAAUGAGUCGACUGCUGCUAAUGAUCUGGAACUGUUUUAAUAUCUGUUUUAAUGUUCAAUAUUAACUCGAUAUGCUGAUUGGAGCUGUUGUAUUGAUUGAUAGUGGCAAGAACAAUACUCAUGGACAUUCCUUAUAUUUAUAUUACAUUACAUGACAUUAUAUUUACCUCCAAUGUGAGUUUCCGCAGUUGCGCAUUCCAGACAUUAAGCUCCUGAAUGUAAUAUGAAGGAAUUUCCCAGAAUGCUUCACCAUUUAAUAAUAUAUGAUAUAAUAAUAAUAUACUGUAUGAAUGCUUCACCAUUUAAUAAUAUAUAUAUUAAAAUACCUUACCUAUUGUUUUCA